GAGAGAAAGGUGAGAGGGCUAUGUGGCGCUGGGGGCUUUCGUGGAUACUCGAGGGAAUUUAACGGGAAGCGAUUUCGGAUAGAGCACCCAAAAUGUCCUGUUACCUUGAGGUAGCUGGGGCCGAGUUGUAUGCUAGUGGAAUUUAUUGUUUUUGUACGUGGUGCAGACGACUUAUUGCAGGAUUUGCUCAGAUAAGUCUGCUGUGGCACAGCCAGUGCGGCGAUUUCGCACGGAUGGUCGCCACUCGGCUGGGCAUGAAUGGAGAUUCUUCUUCUCUACCAUCACCAUCUUUCUAACCAUUCUACAUACGUUCCUCCAGGCUGAUUAUCUUCGUAAUAAACGUCUGGUAGAUCAUCGAUCAGCUGCAAUUUACAUAGUUCUCAAUUGUGACUACCCAACUAGCUUGUCCGCGGAUCUUCAUGGGGCACUACGAUUCUUAGCUUUGCUGUCGGGCCCCUAAAAGGCUCUACUGGACCAGCUCUGUCGACUGGAUUCUUCGCUGGUAUUAGUCCUUCCCUGGAAUCGAGUUCACACCCUACUGUGUACACGGAGCCACUCAGAACCACCAGGAAAUGCCGUAGACACCGAGAGAUCGAAGAACAUCUGUGCCAGGAGCAACCAUAUCCCAGGCCACAUCUGGCUGCGGUCCGGGUGCUUCGCCAUACCUCGCAGAGCGCCUUGUACGGACGUCCUGCCGCAUCAAGAUCAAGGUCUCUGCGUCCAAUCGAUGUUUCAGAUCAUUCGAGGGGUUAUAAGAACCCACAAGGUUCUACAUUCGAUGUUGAAGCCUUCUCACACGACCUCUACCUUCGCGUUCAAGGCCGUUUACCGCUACAAUUCUCAUACCGCCUAGAUAUUCAUGGGAUCCUCGCAAUCAUACUUAACCGACCCAUCCAAGUGGGCGACACCGGUCAAGGAAACGGGGGAAGGUGGCGACAAUUGGAAGGUAUACGAUUAUGUGAUCGUUGGUGGAGGAACGGCGGGAUGCGUACUCGCAUCGAGGCUUUCUGAAGACGCAGGAACAACCGUCUUGCUGAUUGAGGCUGGGAACAGUCACGAGAAAGAAUUCCUCACACGUAUCCCGCUCGCUUGGCCCAGGUUGCUGAAGACACGUGUUGAUUGGGACUAUGAGACUACCCCUCAGAAACACGCAAAUGAUCGAGUCAUCCCGAUACCGCGCGGGAAAGUCGUGGGUGGGAGUAGUUCUAUCAAUGCUUUGCUCUGGCAACAUUGUUCUCCUGAAGAUUUCGACGAGUGGGUCAAGCUCGGCGCGGAGGGCUGGUCAUAUGAGGAACUCAAACCAUUUAUACUCAAGUCCGAGAAAUUUACGCCUUCUCCUGCCCAUCCUGACGUACAGACGUCUGACCAUGGGUCCGAGGGAUUGUGGAAGAUAGGGUAUGCGCCACCGGCGCCUAUCCAUGAACACAUUUUGGAUGCAUGUGAGGAGAUUGGAGUUCCAAGGAUUGCUGACAUGAGCACUGCGGAUGGACCGCGGGGAGCAAGUACCUUCAUGUCAUUUGUUGACGGGAAGGGUGGCCGCCACUCUGUCGCAAAUGCAUACCUCACACCUUCCGUCCUCGCUCGACCAAACCUUACUAUCUCCGUUAACACAUACACCGAGAAGAUCAUCUUCUCGACCACUGGGGAAGAUUCAGCGGAAGGGCCUAGAGCUAUAGGUGUGCAGGUAUCUCAGAGCAGAGACGGUCGGAAGUGGAGGGUUAAGGCGGCGAAGGAGGUCAUCGUUUGCUGUGGCACGAUAGCCACGCCACAGCUCCUCCUCCUCUCGGGCCUCGGCCCUUCUUCCCACCUGAACUCCCUUUCUCCACCCAUCCGCAUAAUCAAGGACCUCCCACAAGUUGGUCUAAACUACUUCGACCAUAUCUCCGCCGGACCAUUGAACAUUCGAGCGAAACCAGGAUACACGUUUGAUUACCUGAAUGGGCCACUGAGUGGGUUGAAUGCGAUGGUGAAGUGGCUAAUCUGGGGGACGGGUCCGAUGGCGUCGCUUGCAUCGCCGGGAGCUGCGUUUGUUAGAAGUGAUGAUGAGAGGAUCCCGUUCGACGGCAGGUCGAGCACGGCGGUGGAUAUACGAGAUACAACAUCUGGACCGAACGCUCCUGAUCUCGAGAUUGUUUGGUUCCCUGUGGCGGUACUCGGUGUCCCCACGCCAAAGAACGUGCACGGAGUUUCGAUUGGGGUUGUGGCACUCAAACCUGAGAGCUCGGGUAGCGUGAGGCUGAAAACAAACAACGUGUACGACAAACCACUCGUCGAUCCAGACUUUUUUUCAUCCGAGAACGACCUCAACACCGUUGUGCGCGGUGUACGAUUCUCCCUUCGUCUAGCUCGCACCGAGCGGAUGAAAGGAAUCUUCGACCUCGACGAACGCGAAGAGGACACAACCUCAGGGUUUUGGCCCGGCGAUGCAGACCCUGACAUGAUCACGGAUGAAGAAAUCAAGAUGUUUGUGAGGAGGAACUGUGCGGCUGCAUUUCACCCUACAUCGACUUGUAGGAUCUCUCCAACGUCGGAUACGGGUGUCGUCAACCCCACGUUGCGCGUGCAUGGGGUGAAGGGUCUGAGGAUAUGCGAUGCAAGCGUGUUCCCUUCGCAGUUGAGUGGUCACCCGGCCGCUAUCGUGGUCGGUAUAGCGGAAAAGGCGGCAGACAUGAUAAGGAGGGGAGUUUACUCGUAGUUGAGGUAUAACGUCUCGCUCAGUGACAAUAGGGAGCGAGGGGCUGCAGACGGGAAGUCUUUGUCUUUCGACGUGCAAUUUGUGUGCGAUCGUAGUUCAUCGAAUGAUUUAU